AUGGACAAUUAUUCUUUACCAACGAGUUCAAGAUGCAGUGGCAAUAUUUCGUCGUCGCCCAUAAAUCGAAAUGAUCAAAAAAGAAAGCAUCAUUCAUUCCAUUUCCCUUUACUUGACUUUGAAAAAUUCUUUCCGGAAGAAGUUGAGUUCUCAUUGCCCGCCUCUUUCUUAACCACCGAAAGGCAAAAUGGACUAUGUCAAGACGUGAACAUGACACUCGACAAUGUAGCACACAGCGCUAUUCCAGAUGACAAAAACUCUAUCUCAUACUCUUCAACCUUUAGCAAUAAAAAGGUCAAACACUCUAAUACAGGCACGCCAAUAAAUACAAAACCAAUGCAAAAAAAGUCUUUGUCAAGUACUCGCAUCCUCCCGAAGCUUACACGCGUGAGAAAAUCUCGUAAAAGUUCGCGCACGUUACCAAAGUUUGGGGAGCAGCAAAUUUCCUUAUCGCCAGAGGUGAAUCAUGAGAAUUCUAACGACUAUAACAAUGUUAUAGUUAAUACUUCAAUAUUCACCGAGAAAAUGUCGCCAUCUUCUGUUUUUGUUGGUGGAUCGAUAAAGAUGGAGACGACGCAAACUCUCGAUGAGAAAUUCUUAGAAAACUGCUUUUC